CACUGCCCAUAUUCUUGAACCAAAACCAAGAAAGAAACCAUGGUUGUGGCUUCAAAGGUCUCUCUCCUCUCAUCACUUCUAUUAUGUCUACUCUUUCUUUCCUCACCAUCAUUUGGAACUUCUAAAGUUUCAAUUCAAGACAGUUUCAGGCAAUGCCUUACUGUCAAUUCUGACAUUUCAAUCCCAUUCUCUACAUGUUUUUACACACCAAACACUUUUAACUUCACAAGUGUUCUUCAAUCCACUGCUCAGAAUCUGAGGUACUUGACACCAUCAGUGUUGAAACCCGAAUUCAUUUUCGAGCCGAUGCAAGAAUCCCACAUCCAGGCUGCUGUGAUUUGUGCAAAGCAGCUUGGGAUUCACUUGAGGGUGAGGAGUGGAGGACAUGACUAUGAGGGUCUCUCUUAUGCAUCAGAAACUGAGACUCCUUUUAUUAUUGUAGACCUUUCAAGAAUAAGGUCAGUCAAUGUUGAUAUUGCAGACAACAGUGCUUGGGUUCAAGCUGGAGCUACAAUUGGUGAAGCAUAUUACAGGAUUUCAGAGAAAUCUAAAGUUCAUGGAUUUCCUGGUGGACUUUGUUCAAGUCUGGGCAUUGGAGGGCACAUUACAGGUGGUGCUUAUGGUUCUAUGAUGAGAAAAUAUGGUCUUGGUGCUGACAAUGUCAUGGAUGCUCGAUUAAUCGACGCGAAUGGACGAGUACUUGAUCGAGCGUCGAUGGGGGAAGAUGUGUUUUGGGCAAUCAGAGGUGGAGGAGGAGCUAGCUUUGGUAUCAUUACAGCUUGGAAGUUGAAGUUGGUUCCUGUUCCUGCAACUGUGACAGUUUUUACAGUUACAAAGACGUUAGAACAAGGUGCUACAAAGAUCCUCUAUAAAUGGCAAGAAGUUGCAGAUAAGCUUCAUGAGGAUCUCUUCAUCAGAGUCGUCAUCAGUGUUGCCAAUGCUGCUGCUGGUGGUGGUGGAGGAAGAACUGUUGCUACUUCAUAUAAUGCACUAUUUCUUGGUGAUGCAGAGAGACUCCUCCAGAUUAUGCAAGAGAGCUUCCCUGAAUUAGGGUUAACCCGUAACGAUUGUAUUGAAACAAGCUGGAUUAAGUCAGUUCUUUACAUUGCUGGGUACCCAAACAACACACCACCAGAAGUUCUACUUCAAGGGAAGUCCUUGUUCAAGAACUACUUCAAAGCCAAAUCAGACUAUAUGAAAGAACCCAUACCAGAAACAGGGCUUGAAGGGCUAUGGAAGAGGUUAUUAGAAGAGGAAUCACCAUUGAUGAUAUGGAAUCCUUAUGGUGGAAUGAUGAGCAAGAUUUCAGAGUCUGAAAUUCCAUUCCCUCACAGAAAGGGAAUCUUGAUGAAGAUCCAGUACCUAACAAAUUGGCAAGAUGGGGAUGAGAAGAAAGCAUCAAAACAUAUAGAUUGGAUCAGGAAGCUUUACAAUUACAUGACACCUUAUGCUUCUAUGUUCCCUAGACAGGCAUAUGUGAAUUACAGGGAUCUUGAUUUGGGUGUCAACAAGAACGAUAAUAUCAGCUUUAUCCACGCUAGUGUUUGGGGUGCUAAGUAUUUCAAGGAUAAUUUCAACAAAUUGGUACAAGUGAAGACCAAGAUUGACCCAGAUAACUUCUACAGGCAUGAACAGAGCAUCCCACCUCUUCCAGCUUCACUCAGAAAGAAAUCUAAAAAUAAAUGGUGAAUGCCACCAAAGUUUUAGAGGGGUUAGUGAUGGAUUAUUCAUCCUUUGUUUGUUUCUCUAUGAUUGUGAUUUACAGCUAAGUAAACAAAAAUAAGAACAUUCGACGGUCUUUGUCUUAGAUUAGUUAAUUAAUGUGAUUAUGUUUUCUCCACUGGAGUCUGAUUGAAGACUCUGUUUUCUAAUAAAUAUUUCCAUUUUAGCAA